AUGGCCAUCUACGGUGGUGCAGCGCCUUCACUGGCGGGCAGUGUCAUUAUGUUGACGACGCUGGCAUUGUUGACUUAUGGCCUGCGGAUUUAUUGCAGGGUGACCAGGAAGUCAUGGAGUGUGGAGGAUUGGAUCAUGACGGCUGCAUUGGUGCCAUUCGCUGUGCUGGUAGCUGGAUGUCUGGGGGGCGCAUUCAAUGGAAUUGGCAUUCGUGAUUCUAGGUUGGCAGAGCCACAAAAUGUCAAAUACCAAGCAGAAGGACAGAAGUUUUUCCUCAUCUUCGAAGUCGGUUACUGCUCCGCCAUUAUUCCCAUCAAGCUCAGUAUCAGCUGGAUGUUGAUCCGAGUAGCCGAGGGUCGCAAAGCGUACCUCUAUGCGCAAUACGUGGUGAUUGUUGUCUUUGUGCUGAUGAACAUCAUCGCAUUGAUCUUUAUUCUGAUCAACUGCAUUCCUGUUGACGCGGCCUGGAAUACGGAACUGCUCAAGCAAGGAGGACACUGCCAACCAUCCUACGUAUUGGCCGAUGUCUACUACGCCUGCACGGCCGUGAACAUUCUCACCGACUGGGUGACAGCUUUGAUGCCUGUACCUCUGCUCUGGAACGUCCAACUCAACCGCAACACCAAGAUUUCGAUUGUCGGCCUGAUGGGCCUGGGUAUCUUCGCCUCCAUGUCCGCCUGCGUCCGUCUUAAAUACACCGUCGCCCUAACCAGCCAAUCCAACUACCUCUACAGCGUCACCAACGUGGUGAUCUGGGGAUUCGCCGAAAACGCCCUGGGAAUGAUCGUCGGCAACGUCGCGACACUGCGCCCACUGUUCCGCAUCCUCCGCGACCGCAAGACAUCGUCCAACAACAAAUACAACUCUCGGGGGUACUACAGCUCUCAGCGCACCGGCCCGGCAAACAUGUAUUCUCGCAACUACGAGCUGGCUGAGCAGGGGAAGCACACUAACCAGAUCACCACUACCUCGAUGGCCGAUCAUACGCGACGACCUAGCCAGAUGAGCGAUGGGGACAGUCAGAAGCAGAUUCUAGCGGGCGGAACUCCCCCAGGAGACACGGAUAUUCUUGUUAGUCGGCAGGUUAUUGUGGCGUAUGAUUAG